AUGGUGAAGAGGAAGGUGAGCAAGGCAGCAGCCGCCUCCAGGAAGACAGGAGGCGGUUCACAAGUGCAAGAACAAGAACCGGACCUGCUGCCCUAUGAAGAGGAGCUCCUGCCGUUCCUGGGAAGAGACAACCUCCUUGGGAUUGAGGGGACAACUGGCGCUGAAACAUCUGAAGGUACAUUGUUAAAGGACCACUAUAGUGCCAGGAAAACAAACUUGUUUUCCUGGCACUAUAGGGUAAUUAGGUCCCCCCCCACCCUUGUGGCCCCCCUCCUGCUGGGCUGAAGGGGUUAAAACCCCUUCAGCCACUUGCCUUUCUCCAGCGCCAGGCUCCCUCGGCGCUGGGGAACACUCCUCCCUCUGCCGACGUCAGCUCCGAAUGCGCAUGCGCAGCAAGAGCCGCGUGCGCACACUCAAACCACCCAUAGGAAAGCAUUACUCAAUGCUUUCCUAUGGACGUCCAGCAUCUUCUCAGUGUGAUUUUCACAGUGAGAAUCGCGGAAGUGCCUUUAGUGGCUGGCAGUGAGACAGUCACUAGAGGCUGGAUUAACCCUCAGUGAAAAAUAGCAGUUUCUCUGAAACUGCUAGGUUUUCAGCUGCAGGGUUAAAACUAGAGGGACCUGACACCCAGUCCACUUCAUUGAACUGAAGUGGUUUGGGUGCCUAGAGUGGUCCUUUAAAUUCAUAUUUGUUAGUCAAAAUGUACAUAUAUCAGUUUUCAUGUGUUACCCCUCCAAUUUGUGUUUUCUAUACCAUCAGUGCAAGCCCCUCAAUACCCAUAAGAGGCACCAGGAACUGCAGGAGAUGCUGUCUCCAUGGAGAGUAUGGCAGCAGGUUCACCUCCUGUCUACCUGGAAAUGCACCUGGUUUCACUUUCCUCUUGUAAGUAUUUGCAUAGCAUUGUUAGAUAUAUGUUAUAUAUAUAUGUGUGUUUGUGUGUGCGCAUGUAAAAAUACACACACACACACACACACACAAACAAGUAUGUGAUUGUACUGUAUAUGAAGUUAAUUUAUCACAUACAUGUAUUUCAGACCAUCCGCAACUUGUCGAAGUUUCUUCACCACGUACGACUGUGGUUUCCCUCCAACAGCUGGCCACUGGUGUCCAGGAACAGGGAUCCACUGAGCGUAAGUAAAAUAUGAUUUAACUGUACACAUUUUCUUUGCAGGCAUACUAGUUUAUGUAACAGGCAGGGCUGGGUCGACCCCUAAGCAAACUAGGCAUCUGCACGAUGUCUGGGUGACCAGCAGGAGUGUGGGCGAGCGCACAUCGCUCCUCUCCUUCUGUUCACUUUAUGUACUGUGGCUGAGUGGACCACGGGUGUAUGAUCUUCUGUACCAUCUACUUGGCCUGACAGGAAGCUGAGUGCAUAGAUCAGCCUUCUGUCAUGCAGAAGAAACAGGAGAUUCUACCUGGGGACGCUCGGCCGCGAUACACGUAGUGAGGUUAGUAGGAAAGCGAGGUGGGCACAAAGAGAUGCGUUGAGGAGUCACAAAGAGACAGAGAAAGGGCUAGGGGGGACAAUGAUGCAUAACUAUACGUAGACAUAAUAAUAAAUUAAUAGCAUGACUACAUAUAUCUUAUUUUCAAGUUUAAAUAAUAUUAUUGUACAGAAAAUAGUUAGCAUUGCAACAUAUGAAACAUGCUAACAAUGUUCUUUCUCUGUUCUCCCCUAUAGGUUCUGAUGGUGCUCUCCCCCUACAAGAGGAGGGUGCCAUUACAGCAAUGGAUCCUGAUUCAGUGACAUCAGUGGCCAAAUAA